GGAAACUCGAGUACUAAAAUUUAAAGGGGUGGUGUAUCGUUUUAAAAUGUUAUUUUGUACGUUGCUGUCUAUUUUAACAUCGCAUGCUAAUAAUCUGGAUCUCAAAAUAAAACAGCAAGAGGCUGAACCAAGAAUUUAGCUGGAGUUUAAACCACAGAUAAAGAAAAUGGCGUAUAAUUCGGUCAGCAACGACAGGAGUGGGGGAGACGCUGCCUGGGUGAUGCAUCAAAUGCAAGCAAAUCCAAAAGGAGCCUGGCCUACAAAUUACAACAACUCGGAAAAUAACAAUUGGAAUACCGCAAUGGUAACCGGCAGUCGGGAAGCUGUUCCUUACCCUGGCUACCCUUCAAACUAUUGGUAUCCUCAGUCCCAUUCAGCAGGGCCUUAUUCAAAUGCUUACCCCUCAGGGUCUGAGGUCAAUGGGCAGGCACCAUACAAUCCCCAGGCAAUGCCAGGAUUCCCCAAUGGAGUCUAUAAUCCAGGACAGUAUCCAACAAGCAUGAUGCAUCCAUCAAAUCCCUUCUAUUGUGGUGACCAGCCACCACCCAGGCAACCCCCUUACCCCAGCCAAGGCUGCCCCGAGCAAGGGACAGGAGGGUCAUGUCAGCCCCCCUCCCAGCACCACCACUACUCGAUGCCACACUGUCAAGGGGCUCCUGGAUACCCACCUGCUCCUUACCCUCACUAUGGAGAUGGAGGUCACCCUGUGCCCCAGAAUCCUUCGUACCCCACCCAACAGCCCCAGCCCGAGGCCUGGUCCCACACAGGUGGCUACGGACCUGCGCCCCAGCAGCAGUGGCAGCCCAGCACUCAGCCCCCCCACGGCCACUAUGGAAACCCUAUCCUCUCCCCACACCCCCCUGCCUGGCCAGGCACUGGUCCUGCUGUACCACAGUAUGACGCAAAGGAUCGGCAGUAUCCUGGGUACCCCCAUCGGAACCAACCAGUGGGACCAAAACCCAGACCUUCCAACAAUGCCCCAGGGCAGGCAGGCGAGUUCAGUGCGCCUCCACAGAUAUACAACAAGGCAGGAAAGGGGCAGGAGCCCAAGCCGUCCCAAGGAGAGCCUCCCCCAGCAGCCCCUGGAGGCCCACCGCUGAGUGAGAACCCAAGCCUGGCACGGGUGCAGCAGGUGUUGGCCCGAGUGUCGCUCCUGCAGGAGGAUGUUGACGAGUUUGUGGGCCACAAAACGGACAAGAGCUACCGCUACCUGGAGGAACUGCUCACCAAAGAGCUGCUGGAGCUGGACUCUGUGGAGACUAACGGACAGGAGGCAGUCAGACAGGCCCGGAAGGAGGCGGUGCAGAAGAUCCAGGGGAUUCUCGAUCGGCUGGAGAGGAAGGCCUUUUGAGGGCUGUCUCUGUUUUUGUUUUGCGGUUCAACCCACUUGCCCUGGUGACAUCCUCACCCCCCCCCCCCCCCCCC